UGUUUGGUAACAAUGAAGUUCUAUCUUCUCUUAGCUAGCACUCUCUGCCUCGCAUUAAUUGUGACGGCUCGGCCAAAUGAGGAUACGACCGAGGAUGGAUCCUCUGAUACCACAGGGGACGAAGAUGGGGAUCCAAGUGAUGACUCGAGGGGAGAUACCCCUGAAGAUACGACUGAUGCGGGAGAUGCGGACACCUCUGACGGCCAUGAUUUGUUAACAUCCGAUGAUGAAGUAGAAGGUUAUGGUGGUGAAUCCGGGGAUGGCGAUGGUACCGCCGAGGGUGAGGACGAUGCUGAAUCAGCCGAUGGCGAAGGAGGUUCUGGAGAGGGUGGAAAGGGUGGCGCUGGUGGGAAGGAAUCGAGGCGGAAUACGUAUCGCCAGGUGCACAAGCUCUUGAAAAAGGUAAUGAAGGUGGACGUUAAGGACAAGUACCUCAAGUCGUUCAUCGUAGCCCGUCUGCAGGAGCGACUCAUGAACCCUACGAUCGAUCUGGUCAGCACUAUUGAAAAGUACUCGAAGAUCAAGGAAUGCUUCAGUUCAGUCGAGAAAGAUACCAAGGAGCUGGUAAAGGAGUCGGAAAAGUCUUACAAAGAAUGUGCAGAGGACAAGAGAAACACUCACUGCGAUUCCGAAGGAACCAGAGAUCUCGACGAGGGACUCAUCGAUUUGGAGCAGGAACUAUCGGACUGUAUUGUUGAGAAGCGUGACGAGGACUCUGAGUAGGUUCCGGUAAGCUUUCAGCAAGGGAACUUCCUGGAAUAAUAGUUGACGGUGAAAAAUCAAAUGGAACAAUAAACAUCUGGGGUUCCGGAAUUGCAAAUCUAGCAAA